GUGUUGUUUUCCGACACACAUCCGCCAUGAGUACGCACCACAUUCGUCCCAAGUUUGACGUCCAUCUUUUCUCGUCUCAUUCCUUUUACAAGCUAUCUUCUCCUGCGAGAUAGCCAAUCAUCCUCGGACAUCUCUCGAUUACAGGGAACCAAGCCUCCACAGGUUCUGGCUGCCACGAACAACUACGAUUCACCAUGUGACGAAGAUUCCCAUCGGUUUUCUAUCCCUCUCGCUGUUCUCUGCCUUGGUCCCUUAUUCCACUCCCUUCCGGACUGAACGAGCCAUGGCCGACUUCUCGCUUACUUCCACAAUAAGAGCCGAUGGCCUCUCCGUCACCGCUAAUGGCUCAGAGAUGUCUAUCCCUUCGGCACUUGGUCCAGCCCAUGAUGCGGCCUCUGACAGCGGGACUUCGAGCUGGCUGGGCCUACUGGUCUGGUUUAUCAUCACGCUGAUACAGUUCGCAUCGUCCUGCCUGUAUUUUAUCAUCCGCCUAAGCACGAUUACCGUGCCUACUUUCAUCUUCUCAUUGCUUUCCACGAGUUGGACUGUCACGAUGAAUGCCACUACCCUGAUGGUGAUCAUGGCGGCCGUGGCAUCUGUUGCGACUUGGAUAGUGCGGUAUCGCAUUCUCAACAUGUACUCCCGACUUCCUCCGGAACCUCAACGGAAAGAGCCCGAUAUAGACCUUUUCCCGGACUCGCACGAAGAGGGUGUGAAGCCAGGAUUAUCUAACUAUCUAGACGAGUUUCUUAGCGCCAUCAAAAUCUUUGGCUACCUCGAACGUCCAGUUUUCCACGAGUUGACCCGGAGUAUGCAGACGAGGAAGCUGAUCGCCGGGGAAACUAUCAAUCUGGAGGAAGAGAAAGGCUUCUGUAUCGUGGUUGAUGGAUUUGUUGAGAUUUUCGUCAAGUCUGGUCGCGCGUCGAGAUCCGAUGACACAAGCCUGCAACCCCGCUUCGACAGCGCCCCGGCGGAUGAGAACGAUGGCUUCCCGUCUGCACAACAGUACCAGCUUCUUACUGAAGUGAAGAAUGGGGCUCCCAUGUCUUCUCUGUUUUCGAUAAUGUCUCUUUUCACGGAAGAUGUCCGUCUACGGGAGACAGACGAGGACACGCCGGAACCCAACGCGGCGCACUUCGAGCACAAGAACCAUCAGAUGGGCAGAGGUAUGGCAUCUCGAGCACCAUCCCAUCCGUCGUCUGGCUCUUAUCCUGGCACACCGCAUCUUGACGCGAACGAGGAAAAGCAAUCCAGCAGGCAAGACGAAUAUGCCCGCCCAGUGAUGGGGUCCAACGCAGGUAGUCGCUCCAGGAUUCCAUCUCUGUCUCUCGCCAGUGCGCCAACGCACCAGUUUUCGUCCACGCCUGAUUUUCCCGAUCACAAACCCUCCAGUUCAGCACAUCCUGACAUUAUCGCCCGGGCGACUGUCGAUACAACCGUCGCUAUCAUACCCGCCAGUGCCUUUCGACGGCUAACGAAAGUCUAUCCAAAGGCGACGUCGCACAUAGUCCAGGUUAUACUCUCCCGAUUCCAGAGGGUGACACUUGCGACUGCCUAUUCAUACCUUGGACUGUCGGACGAAGUUUUGCAAACAGAAAAGAGCAUGAACCAGUACACCAUGUGUCAACUUCCCAAUCUGCUGCGGGGGGAUGCGCUCUCGCGUCUGAAAACAAAAUUUGCUCAGGAACGACAACGCCUUGGUAUCGACGCAGAUGGCAAGGGUAUUGUUCUUCAUAAUGCCAACGCUCGGCGCCAGCGGCAGUCACGGACGACAUUGCGCCAAGAUGCUAGGAUGCACCCGGCAGGCAAGGAACAACGUACGCCAGCGUCUGCAACGACCAUGGACCAUUCUCUCAGGGGCAAGACAGCGUCCGCUCACACCCCGAGCCCCGGCGAUCUCCUCUCAAACCUUCACUUAGCGCGUGUUGGUCAUCGGCCAUCUAGCUCCGUGGACUUCUCUUAUUACCCAGACACUCCGACUUCGCGGAGGGGGAGCCCCAGUCUUCCUUCACGACGUUCAAUUCAUCCCUUCACAUUGCCUAAUUAUUCCCGCGUCUCGAUCGGUGCUAGCGAGUCGACUGAUGAAGACGGACUGUUUCGCACAUCAAUUCUGGAGUGCAUGUUCAAGGCAAUGGGGUUGAACGCGGCCGGUGGUGGUUCCAGAGAACCAGAAUCUGUCGAAGGAUCUCCGAAGCUGCCCCCCUACGACCAGAGACGCCAGAAGGCAGUGAUGGGAAGCAAUAAUGCAUUUGGCAUCAUCGGGCCCUUCGAAGGUGCGGACGGGGACACGGAAUCCGUCACCUCGAGCAGCAUAACGUUGAACAACACACCCAGUGCCCAGACCCUAGCCCAUGACAUGAGAGACGAGCUAGAGAUUGUGUUCUUCCCCAAGGAUUCUGUGCUGGUCGAACAAGGCGAAAGAAGCCCUGGCUUAUAUUACGUGAUUGACGGCUUCCUCGACAUCUGCACUGCAAGCAAGGAGCACUCUGCAGAUAUCUUCCGAACUGCAGGCAGAUCAUCUCUACAAUCGGGCGUGCUAGCCAAUCAUGGCUCUUCAUCCGACGCCGGUCAGCGAACUGGCGAGAGGAACAAGAAAUGCAAAGUUCGUCAGAGUGUCUCGCUCAUCAAACCCGGCGGACUGGCCGGCUACAUCAGCACAGUAUCUUCAUACAGGUCGUUCAUCGAUAUUGUCGCCAAGACGGACGUGUAUGUCGGCUUCCUGCCCCGCUCCUCGCUGGAUCGAAUCGUGGAUCGAUAUCCCAUCGUUCUGCUGACUAUGGCCAAACGAUUGACGAGCCUCUUGCCCCGUCUCCUGCUUCAUAUCGACUUUGCACUGGAUUGGGACCAAGUCAAUGCCGGCCAGGUCAUCUUCCACGAUGGUGACGAGAGUGAAGCCAUUUACAUAGUGCUGAACGGGCGGCUUCGUUUAGUGGAAGAUCGCAAGGGCGGAGGUCACGGGGUGACAGCGCGAGCCGAGUUCGGACAGGGAGACAGUGUUGGUGAACUAGAAGUGCUCACCGAGUCGGCUCGGUCGGGAACUUUACACGCAAUACGGGAGACGGAACUCGUCAGGUUCCCUCGCAGUCUCUUCAACAGCUUGGCUCAAGAACACCCGAACAUAACCAUUAAGAUCUCGAAAAUCAUUGCCUCCCGCAUGCGGAGCCUCGUCGAUGAUCCGUCACCACUCAUGACAAGGGAGGUAGGGGCGUCAGCGUCCCUCGGCAAAGGCUCCUCGGCACUGAAUCUAAGAACUGUGGCCAUAUUGCCUGUCACAUCGGGGGUUCCGGUUGUCGAGUUCGGCAGUCGUCUGAUGAAUGCUCUAGCACAAGUUGGACCGAGUAACGGCGCCAAAUCUCUGAACCAAUCGGCCAUCUUGAAUCAUCUUGGGAAACACGCUUUUAACAAGAUGGGCAAGCUUAAGCUAUCCCAGUAUUUGGCUGACUUGGAAGAGAAGUAUGGCCUUGUUGUCUAUGUUGCAGACACCAACGUAAACUCCCCUUGGACGCAGACAUGUAUCUCGCAGGCAGACUGUAUUCUACUUGUGGGGCUUGCUGAGGGCUCUCCUGAAAUAGGCGAGUACGAGCGCUUCAUGCUCGGCAUGAAGUCUACUGCACGCAAAAUCUUAGUCCUUCUUCAUGCGGAGCGUUAUUCCACACCGGGCCUUGCUCGGUCAUGGCUUCGGAAUCGCAUGUGGAUCAACGGUGGUCACUACCAUGUACAGAUGGAGUUUCGCGCGAACAUCAUGCCGGUUCAUUCUGCAUCGAAACGGCCCAACACAACAUUAAAGGAGCGGGUUCAGAUAUUACAAGCUGAAAUACAGAAGUACGCAUCGAGGAAACUUCGCCACACUCCGUUCUAUUAUCCAGACGCGCCUUUCAAGGGCGACUUCCACCGACUAGCACGAAGGCUUUGUGGGAAGUCCGUGGGACUUGUGCUCGGCGGCGGGGGUGCAAGAGGCAUCACCCAGAUUGGCAUCAUUCGAGCCAUGGAAGAAGCAGGCAUACCCAUCGACAUCGUGGGCGGAACGUCCAUCGGAUCCUUCAUCGGAGCUCUUUAUGCGCGACAUGCAGAUGUUGUUCCCAUCUAUGGUUUGGCAAAAAAGUUCUCUGGCCGCAUGGCAAGCAUCUGGCGCUUCGCUCUAGAUUUGACCUACCCAACUGCCUCCUACACAACGGGCCAUGAGUUCAACAGGGGCAUCUUCAAGACCUUCGGCAAGGAUCAGAUUGAAGACUUCUGGCUUGAAUUUUACUGCAACACGACUAACAUCAGCAAGAGUCGGAUUGAGUACCACACUAGCGGUUACGCCUGGCGAUACAUCCGAGCCUCCAUGUCCCUUGCUGGUCUCGUACCCCCCCUGGCGGAUGAGGGCAGCAUGCUCUUAGACGGCGGGUACAUCGACAACCUUACCGUCUCCCAUAUGAAAAGGCUUGGGGUGGACACCAUCUUCGCUGUCGAUGUAGGAUCUCUUGAUGACGAUACACCCCAGGCUUACGGCGAUUCCCUGUCUGGGGUGUGGGCCUUUUUCAAUCGGUGGAAUCCAUUUUCCUCUACACCUAACCCACCGACGCUUGCAGAGAUACAGGCUAGGUUGGCGUAUGUGUCCAGUGUAGACGCGCUAGAGCGAGCCAAGACGAUGCCAGGCUGCAUAUACAUGCGCCCACCAGUCGACGAGUAUGGCACGCUUGACUUUGGGAAGUUCGACGAGAUCUACAAGGUGGGAUACGAGUACGGAACGAAGUUUUUGCGGAGGUUGCGAGACCAGGGCGUACUUCCCCUGGUGGAAGAAACUGAGGCCAAGAAGGCGCUGCGGAGGACCAUGGCGCCCCGGAGAGCGAGCAUCUAAUCGACCCGCGUGACUGUUGGGUGAUGACAUUCGGCAUUCCUGCUCGGGAGAAGGCCCAUGCCUGUCAGCUACAGAGUUGCUCAAGGCCUCCCUCCACAUUCCCUCUACAUCAGACAAUCUCACUCCGUUCUCCCAUUUUAGGCAGCGAGUAUGCUCCGGGAUGUGCAUGAUGAGAAGAGCCGGCGUUUGUUUUGAUUCACACAGUAGCUUAACACUGCUUCCUCCUGUUUUGACCUCCCUGUAUGCUGAGGUCGAAUGUGAAAUACGAGCAUAGCAGCUUGCCCUACGGGCAAGGCCGCUACGCUCGCCCCUACGGGGGGCUACGGAUAUAACCCGCUUAUAUAACUAUAUUAUAAAUAUAUAUAUACUAACUAAUAUAGAUAAGUAUUAUUACUUAUAGAUACGGAC